AUGCUCCGACAGUUUAGCUCGCGCCUGCCGGCAAGGGCCCGGGCUUCAUGCUCUAGAGCCCUGGGUCAGGCCUCGAGGUUCUCGUUGGUUCCGAGACGGUCCAUGGCUACGGUCAAGGUGGAGGGUAUUCCCAAGGAACCUACAGAACUUGACCAAAUCACAACCCUCCCCAAUGGCCUCCGAGUCGCUUCGGAAGCCCUCCCCGGAUCCUUUGCUGGUGUCGGCGUCUACAUCGAAGGAGGCUCCCGGUUCGAGAAUGACUCCCUCCGCGGUGUGUCCCACAUCAUGGACCGGCUCGCCUUCAAGUCGACGUCGAAGCGGUCCGCCGAUGAGAUGCUCGAGCAGGUCGAAGCCCUCGGCGGUAACAUCCAGUGCGCCUCGUCGCGAGAGAGCAUGAUGUACCAGGCCGCCACCUUCAACAAUGCCGUGCCCCCGACUGUCGAGCUGCUCGCCGAGACGAUCCGCGACCCCAAGAUUACCGACUCGGAGGUUGCGGAGCAGAUUGAAACUGCGCGGUAUGAGAUCCGUGAGAUCUGGAGCAAGCCGGAGCUCAUCCUACCUGAGCUCGUGCACACGGCUGCGUUCAAGGAUAAUACGCUUGGAAACCCGCUGUUGUGCCCGGAGGAACGACUUGGUGCCAUUGACAGAAACACUGUUAUGACGUACCGGAAACUGUUUUACCAGCCUGAACGCAUUGUCGUGGCUUUUGCUGGUGUUGAGCAUGGCGAGGCUGUUCGGUUGACGGAGAAAUUCUUUGGAGACAUGAAGAAGAACGAGCAGCCGGUGUUGGAAUCUACAGGCUCUGAGACGAGCGAGAGCGAGCUAUCAGAUAGCGAGGCCAGCUCAGCGUCACCUGCGUCCUCUGCUUCCUCAUCACCACAGUCAUCACCUCACCUCCUCUCUCGAAUCCCCUUGUUCAAGAACAUCUCUACUUCGGCGCCUCAGCAAGCCACCGUUAACAACACUCCCCCCUCUCAACUCGAUAUUCAACGGCCUGCACACUACACAGGCGGCUUCCUCUCUCUCCCUCCUCAACCCCCAUCUCUCAGCGGCCUACCGACCUUUACACACAUCCACCUCGCCUUUGAGGGUCUCCCCGUAGCUUCGGAUGAUAUCUACGCCCUCGCUACGCUUCAGACACUUCUUGGUGGAGGUGGCUCUUUCUCUGCCGGUGGACCCGGCAAGGGCAUGUACUCGCGACUUUACACCAAUGUGCUCAACCAGCACGGCUGGGUUGAGUCGUGCGUUGCUUUUAACCACUCCUAUACCGACUCUGGUCUCUUUGGCAUCUCGGCCAGCUGCCUUCCCGGCCGCACCGCCGCCAUGCUCGACGUCAUGUGCCAGGAGCUCCGCGCGCUGACCCUCACCACGGGCUUCUCGCGCCUUCAGGAGACCGAAGUGGCUCGAGCCAAGAACCAGCUCCGUUCCAGCCUGCUCAUGAACCUCGAGAGCCGUAUGGUGGAGCUCGAGGACCUCGGCCGCUCUAUCCAGGUCCACGGCCGCAAGAUCCCCGUCAGGGACAUGUGCCGCCGCAUCGAGAACCUGACAGUCGACGACCUUCGCCGUGUCGCGAGCAUGAUUGUCGGCGGAAAGGUCAAGAACCCUGGCGGUGGCAGUGGCGCUCCCACCGUUGUGCUGCAGGAGGCCCAGGCGUAUGGUGUGAGCAACCACACCAUGACGUGGGACCAGAUCCAGGACCGGAUCGACAGCUGGAAGCUGGGUAGCUCCUCUUAG